AUGACGUUGAGGUUCACUUGCUAUCCUACUGUACUGGCUAAAAGUUUGCUCCCAUUGUCGCUUUCAGAUGACCUACGACAGAAUGGCCCGAUUAUUAGUCCCUGUCAAAGCGAAAUAAUACUGGAAGCGGGGCAAAAUUUUACACUAACAUGUAGAGGAAAAACGCCAUUAAAUUUUAAGCAACAAGAAGUACCCGAAGAAGUAAUCGGACCAUUUCGGAUAGAACAGAAAAACACGUCAGACCUGGACGACGAGUCCAUGUUCGAAACUGUGCUCGACUUGUACAAUGUUGACCGGUUUGCGAUUGGCUAUUACGCUUGUUACGACGACACGGUCAACGGUAGCGACAUACUAAAUAACCUCAUCGAAGAACCUAACAAUACCGAGCAUAUUGCCUUUAUAUAUAUUUACGUUGCUGGCACGGAUAGCUUGUUUGCACCUUUGAGGGAAGUUAUUGUACCAAGAAAACAAUGUAAAGUUGUUAUUGAAUGUAGACCAACGACCCCAGAUGUUGAAGUUAGCCUGACGUCGGACUUUGCAGAGAUAAUAUAUCAGCAAUAUAGUCCGAAAAUCGGGUUCAUCAUCGAUAGCGAAACGCUCUCGGAUCCUAUCGGUUCGUUCUCGAUGUUUCACGCUAUCAACUGUGACUUUUCUAAUGGACCAGACAAUCGGAUAGAGAAACCAGUUGUUUUCCAACAUGUUAGGGUUCCCCCGGUUCCAACAAUACACAGAGGUUCCCCAUUAUUUUUGAAAGGGGAAAAUUUUACAUUAAGUUGUUCGGUUGCUUAUCAACCUGAUACUGUUGUCAACUUGUAUUGGGUGCUGCCUACUAAUGUAAGAAAGGAAUCAGUUUUAGCUAAGUCAAACGAAUAUGAGAUUGUUCGGGAACCAUUAUUAUUCAAGAAUAUCACUAUAAUUAAUGCGACAAAGGACCAUGGAGGCAAUUACACCUGCGUCGCCAAAAACAAUUGUGGUGAAAAGUCGAAAUCCUUCACAAAGAUUUUUUUACCCGAACCUCAUCUGAAAUUGACUCCAGUGACUAGAGAUAAUCCGAAAAUAACGAAACAGAAAACGGUGAAGAUCAACACUGAGGUAGUUGAUUAUCCCACAGCGAGUUUUUAUUUUUUACGCAAUAACGUAUCGUUGCCGCUAGAUGACGAGGAAAAUGAUAAAUACGAUGUCACUCGGAACCCUUACACUGGUGACGUCAUUUUGAGUAUAUUUAAGACAGAUGUGUUCGAUUCUGCUAACUAUACUUUAGUCGCCAGUAAUGGGUACUUGAAAAAGAAUUACACUUACGAAGUGUUAAUAAAAGCAAAGCCAACGAUCAACUUUGGACCUAAUGUUGAUAAGAAAUAUUUGCAGAACACUCGUGCAUCCUUGCAGUGUGUAGUUACAGGAUUUCCUCUGCCCGAAGUCACUUGGUCAUUCUCUAAUGGAGAGACACAGCCAAGUUCAUCCACACACGUGCUCUCCAAGUAUAAAGAAACAGCAAUUCUAGACAUGACGGUGACUGAAUCCGGCAACGUAUCUUGUAAGGCGUCUAACAGUGAAGGUACAGUGAUAGAAACGAGAAGACUUCUCGUUUAUGAGAUUCACAAUGGAUUCGGUAUAAUAAAUCCAAAUAAAACUUGGUUCUCGCAAAAUGAAGACGGAAAUAUCACAUGUAUUGCGUCCAAAUAUGACUUUUACAAUGUAACUUGGCUGGGCCCAGACGGUGAAGACCUGAGAGGAACGAAUGCUUUGGAAUAUUCGACAAAUUCAUUUUCACUUAUUGCCAAAUUGAAAUUCCCGCAAAUAUCUUUGAACCACAGCGGUUUGUAUACUUGUCAAGGAUCGAAGUUGGACAGCAAUUCUGAGUCCGAAGUAGAAUAUAUCAACAUUACAGUUGCUCCUCUUCAACCACCAAUAAUAAACCAACCAGAAGAUGACCAGACCAUAGAAGUAGUGACGUAUCAAGAGGUAGAACUAACUUGUCAAGCCGAAGGUGUGCCGCCGCCUAAAUUAGAGUGGUACAAGGAUGGCGUUUUAAUGAAAAAUGACACAAAUGCAAAAAUUUACAUUCAAAACAUCAAUCGUACUAUGGUGAACUCAUCAAUUCGAAUAGAUCGGCUGGUAAAAGAAAACAAAGGAACCUAUGAGUGUUCAGCUACUAGCGAUGGACAAAUGGCAAGUCGGGUCUAUACAGUGGCAUUGAAAGCAUCGUCCUACGAAUUAUAUUUGAGCAUCAUUCUCGUAGUCAUCUUUGUUUUAAUCCUCGUGGUUCUGUACCUUAUGUGGAGGGUCAGAAAGGAUACCCAAUUCAGAAAAGAAUUGAAGGCGUCUGGUCUUUUGUACUUCAAUGAAGGAGCUACGAAGUCACUGAACCCAGAUCUGGGCAUUGAUGAGCAAGCUGAUCUGCUGCCAUAUGAUGAGAAGUUUGAAUUCCCUGCCGAUAAAUUAAUUCUUGGCAAACAGUUAGGUGCAGGUGCAUUUGGCGUAGUUUAUAAGGCGGACGCACGUGGCAUCAUCAACGCUGAAGAAACAACCGAGGUUGCGGUGAAGAUGGUUAAAAAAACCGCAGACAACAUGUAUAUCAAAGCAUUGGCCUCUGAACUAAAAAUAAUGGUGCACUUGGGCAAACAUAUAAACAUUGUGAACCUACUCGGAGCGUGCACGAAAAACGUUGUUAAACGCGAGUUGAUAGUGAUUGUAGAGUAUUGCAAGUUCGGUAAUAUCCAUAACUACAUGCAGAGGCACCGCGAGGUGUUCAUUGAUCAGCUCACGGAUAACAAGGAGAAGAAUCUGGGAAGGGUCAACAGAGGAUUCUCGAGCAGCAGUGGCAGUACUGGAGCACACUCAGACUAUUUCGCUUCAUGCACACAGGACACCGACCACACAUUUGUCAACACGGCUAAUACUAACCGAUCGACAAGGAAAGUAUCCGAAGGUUAUGUACAACCAGAAUGGCGUACAAACUACGAGAGUGACUACAGUUUCGAUGGACGCAACCCCCGCCCUCUGACCUCUCGUGACCUGCUGGUUUGGGCCUUCCAGAUCGCUAGAGGCAUGGAAUAUCUUGCCAGUAGAAAGGUUCUUCACGGUGAUUUAGCGGCAAGAAACGUAUUGUUAGCUGAAGACAACAUUGUGAAGAUUUGUGACUUCGGUCUCGCUCGAAGCAUCUAUAAAAACGAUGAAUAUCAAAAGAAAGAAAACUGUCUCCUCCCUGUCAAGUGGCUGGCUAUCGAAUGUAUGACGGACCGCAUAUUCUCCACCCAGUCAGACGUGUGGUCGUUCGGCAUCGUGCUGUGGGAACUAUUCUCCCUAGCUAAGACACCCUACCCGAAUAUCAGUCCCGCUCAUUUGUUGCAGUGGCUUUCUGAAGGGAAACGUUUAGAGAAGCCAUCAUACGCAGAUGACCGGCUUUAUAACGUAAUGAUGAGGUGCUGGGAACAGAAACCAACGAGUAGACCUUCCUUCUCUCAGUUGCAAGAAAUACUCGGCGGUUUCCUCGAGGACAAUGUGCGAAAUCACUACGUUGACUUAAACACGGCGUACAUGGACACGAAUGUGAAGCCUGGGGGCGAGGAUUACCUGGCUAUGGUUUGUGCACCAGACUACAAUAACCUGGUGACUCCGAGCCCGCACCAUUACGUCAACGACAGGAGUUUCUUCCCUGUCACUCCUACACAGAUAGACGAGGAAGGCUAUCUACAGAUGAGUCCCGCAUCAAGACAGAACAUAUUUAGUCCUCGAGCUCAGGACAUGAAGUUCGACUUCGAUGCUCGCAAAUUUAACCCGAGGGUAUCGGAAGCAAGUAGCUGUGGUUCAGAACUAACGCCAAUGCUUACUCUGAACAAUUUACCAGCUCGAAGCGGGUCGGAGUCCGACCACGAAGGCAACGCGUCGCCCUACCUCAACAUGUGUCCCAGAAUAGACGAGGAGACAGAUGACGUGUUCGAGACGAACCAAAACAAUGCAAAGAACGCGCUGAACACGGCGCACACUAACCCGACGUACAUCUCGUUAGACGUUGACAUUGAGAAGAAGCCGAAAGAUAUUAUUAACUCGUAUAUUAACGUACCGAACGGUCUAGUCAAAUAAUUUCAUUUUGUGUACCAGAAUAAGCUAAUCUCAUUUACUAAUAUGUUAUAGUAUCUACUUAUAUAUAACCUGCAUGAAUGUUAGUUUUCCUUUGCUGUUCAUUUUGAUCUCUGUAUUCUCUUGAUGAAGUACUAUUUUUCUUUCUUAAUUUUCUUUUACGUAAAUUUCUAUUUUCUUUUUUCUUGUCUUACGUAAAUAAUUGUGUUUGUGUCUCAAGUGUUUAUUUCAUUUAGGGAGCUUAUUUGUUGUAUCCUCAUUCAUGUUAAUAGGUUUGUAUCGUAGAUGUAUUGUAUGUACAGAAAUGUUUACUUUUUGUGUAGACUGAAUGAUGUAGGUGACUUACUACUUCAAUAAGAACUAGUCAGUCACCUUUGAAUAAUUGAGAUUCGGCAUGUGAUUGGUGGUCAGCCUUAAAACUAAGUAGAUGCCGUUAUUAUAACAUAUUACAAUUAAUUAUUGAAUAUUCGGAAUCUGGCACGGUUGGCACGGUGGCUGGGCAACUGGCUGCCGCACAA